CGCCAACUUAUCAAAAUGAUAUAUAUUCCUUCGGCAUUCUUUUAAAUGAGAUCAUGACAGGUUUAUCUCCUCACCACAAUAUUACUAUUAAGCGUCUUAUUGCUCGAUGCAGUGAUUCAGACCCUACUCGACGCCCAAAGAUUGAUGAAUUAAAUGAUAUACUAAGACACAUGAAUUUUGAAACAAUCGAAAAAUAUCAUAUGCCUGUUGAGAUGGGAAAUCAUAUUAGCAACGAUGAAUCCGGCAAUCAUUUUCAAAGACUUUCACCCUUAACUGUACUCCAACAACUACUACGUUCUAGGAUCUUUCCUUCACCCAAAACUCUCAUUUGUAAGCCAUUUGAAGAUCACGAUUUCACUAUUAGAUCUUGGGAUAAGCCACAAUAUGAGACAAUGCUCGGAUUUAAAGCUUGUUUCCCAAAUAAUGAUCGUGAAUAUGGGUUAUUUGAAGAUCGUGAAGAUGAGUUACUUGAAGACUUUGAAUAUCGUGAAUAUCGUGAAUAUCAUAAGUUACUUAAAGAUGAAUAUCGUGAACAUCAUAAGUUAUGUCGUGAACGUAAGUUACUUAAAAAUGAAUGUCGUGAACGCAAGUUACUUAAAGAUGAAUAUCGUGAAUAUAAGUUACUUGAAGAUCGUGAAUAUGA